AUCCAUAUUAUGUUUUUGAAGUUGUAUUAUAAGUUGCAGUUUUAUUUUCUUGUUGUUUUGGGAUGCUAGAAUUGUAUUUAGCAUCUUUAGAAGCAGAUAAGCAUAUUCCCAAAAAAGAGAUCUUCUGUUCCAAGUGGAAAACAGGGAUAACACUUCACGCUCACCAGAUGAGGCAAUGUUGUCGAAAUAAAUCAUAAACCAUUAUGACAAGCCGUAUUAUUUCUGGUGACCCGUGAAACAUUUCGACAACACUCAGGAUGGGGCUCAGCGACGAGGAGCCUCAGCACGGCAGCAUGGAGGGCUCUGCUGCUUCGGUAGACGGUUGGAUGAAGAAUCAGUCAAAAAGGGCUAAGCAGCAUAGAGGAACUGCCAAAGGAAAGUUAACACGUAAGCUAGAAAAGUUUUAUGAGCAUGUGAAAGAUAAAGUUGCCUUAGAAAUAUUGGAAGAUAACUAUAAUUUGAUUGUUAAAGCUUUUGAGGAAGUUGAACUAGCAAAUGAAAGUUAUUGCAAUUUACUUGAUGAAACUAGUGAUACUCAAGAAUUAAAGUCUGCAGAUAUUUACAUUAAGGAACUUGACGAUAAGAAAUGUGCUGCCCAUGUUUUGUUUGUAAAGAUUAAAGAUGAGAUGCAAAUGAAAGGGGCCAUCAAAGUAAAAUCUAUUGACAUUCCAAAGUUUGAUGGAAAAAUCAGAGACUAUAGUAAUUUUAAAAGGGAUUAUGUCAGACUUAUGCAACCCAACUAUGGAAAAGACCCAUUUGCUCUUAGACAGUGUCUCUCAGGAGAAGCCUUAGACUCUAUUUGUGGGGUCGAGCAUGAUUUUGAUAAAAUGUUUGCACGGUUAGAUGACAUGUACAGUGAUAGUCGACGAGUAAUUGAUGUAGUAAUUGAAGAUUUGAGAGAAAUUGAACCUGUAGUCGAGGGUGAUAGUUUAGGUUUUAUCAGAAUGGUAGACAAAAUUGAGCAAAAUUUUCUUUAUCUAGAUCAGUUGGGUCUAUCUUCAGAACUUAAUACUGCCAAUAUGACAAGUCAGAUAGAGAAACUCUUGCCUCCAACUCAGAAGCGGGAAUGGAUCAAAAUAGCAGAAAAUGUUGAACCUGUUGAAUUAUUUAAAAAACUACUGGAAUACCUUUUGGGUGAAAGGAAAUCCCUUAAGUAUCUGAUUGCCAGUGUAAGGAACCCUGUUAACACUAAAGCUAGAGUGAACUAUGCUGUGUACAAUCAAGAUAGGAUUAGCUCUGACCAUACUGAAGAAUCAGAAAUAAUGAAGAGGCUGUCUGAUGUUGAGAAGGCUGUAACAAAUAUAAAUAACCUUGUGAUCAAGCUUACAGAAGAAAAGAGUGAAGAAAAGAGGUCUAUUGGUACUCUAAGUACACAUUUGAACAGGUGUUGGUAUCAUGGAACAGAUGGACAUGAUAUUUUAGACUGUGCAACAUUUCAGAAGUUAAACAAUAGUGAGAAAUUUGAAAUUCUAAGGAAAAGAGGUAUCUGUUUUAAUUGUCUAAAGGGAAUUCAUGUAUCUAGGAGAUGUUUUAAAAAAUCAAGAUGUUCUGCAACUGAUGCAAAUAAUCAAACUUGUGGGAAGCUCCAUCACACGAGCCUUCAUGAAAAUCAGAUUGUUGGGAGUUCAUACGUCAGCUUGAAAAGAAAUGGAGUCAUGUUCAUGGUCAAUAAGAUUAAAUGUAAUAAUCAAGUAUUAAAUACACUCUUUGAUUCUGGGGCUGACGUGACAAUGAUACGAAAUGAUAUGGCAGCCUCAUUAGGAUUGAAAGGCAAGCAUAUACGCUUAGCUGUGACUAAACUAGGAAACCAGACUGUAACAUAUAACAGUAAGGAAUAUGACCUUGUUCUUACUGAUAAACAGGGGAAUAAUGUGAAUAUUACUGCUUAUGGUAUAGAUGAAAUAACAUCAUGUAUAAACAAGGUUAAUCUGUCACAUGUGAAGCAUUUAUUUAAGAGUACUGAUGUAUGCCAAUUGGAUAGACCUCAUGGUAAGAUAGAUUUACUGAUAGGUGCUGACUAUUGCUCUCUAAUCCCUACAGUUAAAGAAACUGUAGGUGAAAAUUUACAACUUAUGGAAUCUCGAUUUGGGAUGUGUGUUCGUGGUAGUCACCCUAGUAUAGCUUGUGCCUCAGGUACUAGGGAUAUUGUAGGCAUCAGAAUAAACCAUAUUUCUGGGAUUAUAUAUGACAAAGAUAUAACUGUUGAACCGAAAUCUGAUAUUAAGGAUCAGAUUGAUAAAUUUUUCACAGUGGAAUAUUUAGGAACAGAAUGUAAUCCUAGAUGUGGUGAUUGCAAAUGUGGCAAAUGUGCAGUGGGUAACAAUGACUAUAGUAUUAGAGGAGAGAGAGAGUUAGCCUUAAUUGAAAAAGGAUUACAAUAUGAUUCAGAAAAAAAACAAUGGUCCGCUAAAUUCCCAUGGGUUAAAGACCCUAAUUUAUUACAGAAUAAUAUCUCUGUUGCUGUUGCCAAAUUAAGGAGUACUGAGAAGAGAUUGCUGAAACUUGGACCAGAAUAUGCUAAAGCUUAUAACAACCAAAUAAGGGAUAUGAUCAAACGUGAUGUUGCACGUAAAUUAACACCAGAUGAAAUAAAAGGUUAUGCUGGUCCUAUUACAUAUCUUCAACAUCAUGAAGUGCUAAAGCCAGGAUCUACAUCCACACCAAUUAGGAUUGUCUUUAAUUCCUCUGCCAAAUUCAUGGGACAAUCUCUAAAUAGCUUUUGGGCCAAGGGUCCUGAUGUUUUGAAUUCCAUGGUGGGCAUAUUACUGAGAUUCCGUGAAGGAGCCAUAGGUAUAGCAGGUGAUAUAAGUAAGAUGUACAACAGUAUUAAGCUUCCUGAAAUGGAGCAACAUGUACGCAGAUUUGUUUGGAGAGAUUUCCAGUUGAAUUGUGAGCCUGAGCAUUAUGUGUUAACUUCAAUGGGCUUUGGUGACAAACCUUCUGGAAUAAUUGCUAUGUUGGCUCUUAAACACACAGCUGAGCUAUGGAUGGAAAAGUAUCCCGAUGCUGCUUCUAUGAUAAUAUCAAAUUCUUAUGUUGAUGAUAUUAUACAAUCAGUUGAGAGUAAAGAGAAAGCUUUGCAGUUGAUUCAGGAAACUGAGAAAAUACUCUCAUAUGGCAAUUUUAAGGUAAAGCAGUGGAUUAUGACUGGUGAUGUUGAUAAGGAUGAUCUAGAUUUUUCAGAGAAUGAAGGCGAUAAAAUUCUUGGUUUAUAUUGGGAUCGUUGGAAUGAUGAAUUUAAAUUCAAAGCAAGGUUGAAUUUCUCUCCUAAAUAUAAGGGUAUACGAACAGGUCCAGAUUUAAAAUUUUCAAAUUUUAUUUGUAACAUUCCUCCAGUUUUAACUAAGAGAAUUGUUAUAAGUCAGAUGUGUUCUGUGUAUGACCCACUAGGUUUACUUCUUCCAUACACAUUGAAAGCCAAAAUAUUAUUACGGGAAACUGUCAGUUGCAGUACCAAGUUAGGAUGGGAUGACCCUUUGCCUGCCCAUAUGAAAGAGCAAUGGGUAGUACACUUUCACAAGUUAUUUGGGAUUGAUUCCUUGUCAUUUGAAAGAUGUAUCAAACCACCCACAGCGAUAGGUCUGCCUAUGCUUGUUAUUUUUAGUGAUAGUUCAUCAAAUGCAUAUGGUGCUGUGGCUUAUGCUAGGUGGAAAAUGAAAUCUGGAAUGUUUGAAAGUAAGCUAAUAAUGGCAAAAGGAAGAAUAGCUCCUACCAGACAACUUUCCAUACCCAGACUUGAAUUGUGUGGAGCAAUUAUUUCAUGCAGACUACGCAAAUUAAUCGAAAAUGAAUUAUCAUAUAGAUUUAGUUCAGUAAUGCAUAUAACAGACUCGGCUAUUGUGAGAGCACAGAUCCAAAAGGAGUCGUAUGGAUUUGGGACUUUUGUAGCAACACGGGUAGCAGAAGUACAAUCGAAGAGUAAUCCCAAUGAAUGGUGGUGGAUUGCUUCUUGUCACAAUCCUGCAGAUUUACUUACUAGACCUAAUGAUCCAUCAGAUAUUAUCAUCAGUUCAUUGUGGAAGUAUGGCCCAAAAUUCAUGACUCUACCCAAAGAAGAGUGGCCAAUAAGUCAAUCUAUUGAAUGUGACUUGCCUGAUAGAGUCCAUGUGAAUUUAACACACUGUCUGAAGGACUCAGAUGAAUGUGUUAUUGAUUUAUCUAAGUUCAAAAUUUACAAUAAACUUAUUGCAGUUACUGGUAGGAUAUUAAAUGUAAUGAAGAUCAGAUCUUUAAAGGGUAUCUUAUUAAGACUUGAACCUGAUAUUCUAAAUGAAGCAUUACAAUUUUGGAUCAGGCAAGCACAAAAAUGUUUUUCUGGUAAUUGGAAACAGAAAUAUCAAAGAUUGGGACCAUACAAGACUGAAAAUGGUAUAAUUAUGGUAGGUCAAAGACUGGAGCAUUGGUUAAAACAAAAUUGGAAUCAAGAUAACUUUAUCCUGUUACCCAGGAAACAUUUGUUUACUAUACUUUAUAUUAGUCAUUUGCAUAAUAUAGAUCAUGCUGGAGUGGAUGUUACACUUAGUAAACUGCAGACAAAGUUCUGGGUUCCUUCAGCACGUAAAGUCAUCAGAGCAGUGAAACGUAAAUGUGUUACUUGUAGGAGAUUAGAUUACAAAGUUGAAGGUCAGUGCAUGGGUCAAGUCGCUACUGAAAGAAUAACUCCAUGUCCAGCUUUCUAUCACACUGCUACAGAUAUCUUUGGGCCAUUUCUAAUAAGAGACAAUGUGAAGAAAAGAACUACUGGUAAAGCUUAUGGUGUUAUAUUUAAUUGCAUGGUUACUCGUGCUGUAUAUAUUGAUGUUGUUGAUGGAUAUGAUACCCAUAGUUUCUUGAAGACUUUUAGACGUUUCACAGCUGUCCAUGGAUAUCCAGCUACUGUUCAUUCAGACUUAGGCUCUCAACUGGUAUCAGCUAGUAAGGAACUUCAAAUAGCUAUAAAUAACUGGAAUAUGUCUGAUAUUUCUGAAUUUGGAACAAAAGGGGGAUUAAAAUGGAUUUUCAACCGUUCAGCUGAUGCAGCAUGGCAAAAUGGUGUUAGUGAGUCCUUGAUCAAAUCUGUGAAAAGAUCCUUAGCCAUGAUAAUUGGAUCUACUCUGAUGACAUAUAGUGGUCUACAAACUAUAUUUUUUGAAAUAGCAAACCUCAUGAAUGAAAGGCCUAUUGGAUUAAAACCUGGUAUGGAUUUAGAAUUAGGAACUUACUUGUGCCCAAAUGAUUUGCUUUUAGGCAGGGCAAGUAAUCAUGCACCAUGUGGACCAUGGAAAGAUUCUUUCAAUACAAAGAGAAGGUUAGAUUAUAUACAAAAUGUUGUUAAUACAUUUUGGCGUAAAUGGCAAAGAGAUUAUUUCCCUACAUUAAUUGUUAGACAAAAAUGGCAUGCUGAUAAAAGAAAUCUGCAGUCUGGUGAUAUUGUGUUGAUACAAGAUUCUAAUACAAUUGUUGUCCGAUCGCAUAACAAGCUCCAGUCCUUAUAUGGGAAGGGGUCGUGGCAGACCUACUAUGAUAUGUGGAUAUUGUCAGAAGAUAGGUCAUACCAUGGAGAUACAAGGGGGGUUUCAGUCCUUCCUAAAAAUGCUCCUGCUCCUAGUCAAGAUAGUAGAGAUGUUGUUAAGAUCUUAUCCCUGGGGGAUAGUGAAGGGAUGUUGUUAUUUGAUGUUUAUCUUGGGGAGAAGUGUAUUACAGCACUAAUCAACACAGGAGCAGAAGUUUCUUUAGUACAUAGUGAUGUGCUGAAAGAGUUAAGUAUGCCCUAUAAGCAGGAUGUGAAGGUUGAGCGUAGUAAUAAAAGAUCUGUCGCUUCCAUGGCAACCGUAGGUCUGAAGGGACGCUGGAGGACCAAGACGGGGAAAGCUACAGGGGCCCCUGUGAAGUUUUCCCGCCUGGGAGAGGUGGAUUUAAAUUAUGCUACGGAUAUUACAUUAAAUAAUGGCGGGGCUAUUGAUGAGAUGACAAGAGAUAGUGGCGGGGCUACUGAUGCUCAUGUUUUUCCAGUAGAGGAUCUAAUUGUAGAUGCAGAUUCGUGUGGAUCUUUUUGUGUUUUAGUCAGGGACAUUAGUAUGAAUGGGUCAAAUAUGUUAUUUAUUCCUCGAAAGGAUUUAGAGAUAAGCUUAAUAGAAGGCAUAGUCACUCCUAUUCCGUCAUCAGAUGGUGCCACGAGGUGGUUUAGGAUACCAUUUAAAAACGACGGGAAUAGAGUUGUAGAAGUUGGGCAGAAUACGAGUGUGGGAGCACUCAUGAAACUAGUAGACAUAUCUCCUGGUGAAGCCAGAAGGCAGGUAGUAGCCAGUGUUAAGAGUAACAGGAAUAAAACUUGUAGAUUAUUAGAGGAAGUAGACAAGAUAUUUGAACGAGGUUCAGAAGAGCACAGGGUGCUGAUAGACUUGGUUUUGGAAUUCCCAAGGGUUUUUAGUCUUGAAGAGGAUCCUUUACCGAUUUCGAAUGAAUACUUUCACGAAAUAAAGGCUCUGGGUCCUCCAGUUUACAAGAAACCCUAUCCCAUCCUGUUGAAAUACAGAGACGAGAUUAAGGCUCAGAUUGACUCUAUGUUGAGGGACGGGAUUAUACAACCCUCACGUUCUCCUUACAAUGCACCAUUGGUACCAGUGCGAAAGAGAGAUGGGGGGUUGCGAUUAUGUCUUGAUUUCAGAGCACUUAAUGAAUGUAUUGAGGAUGACCGAUACCCACUGCCAAACAUAGAUUCUAUACUGCAAAGGCUAGGCAAGAGUCGUUUCUUCUCGUGUUUGGACCUCAGGCAGGGUUAUCACCAGAUACCCCUGACCCCCGCUAGUCGAGAGAAAACGGCUUUUUCCACAAUGGACGGCCACUACGAAUUUAUGAGGUUGCCUUUUGGGUUGAAGGACGCCCCUGCUGCUUUCCAGAGGAUCAUUAAUCAGGUCCUGUCUGGUCUGAUUGGGGAUGUGGGUUUUGUCUAUCUAGACGACAUUGUAGUUUUGGGAGACACGUGGGAGACUCACUGUAAUAAUGUGAGACGAAUCUUAGGUCGUCUUCAGCAGAAUAAUCUCUCUCUCAAACUUACUAAAUGUUCGUUUUUUAAGUCAGAAGUUGAAUACCUUGGACAUGUGAUUAGUGAAAAUGGUAUUAAGCCACAAAAGAAGAAGGUUGAUGCAAUGGAGGGAUACCCUCAACCAAUAAUUUUGAAAGAGCUCCAGGCGUUUCUCGGUGCGACAAACUACUAUCGCAAAUUUAUAAGUAAUUUUGCAGAUAUAUCGCGACCGUUAAUUGACUUAACCAGAGGCUGUAAGACUAAGGAUGGGAAAACGAAACUAACGUGGACACAAGAAGCAUUGGAUGCAUUUCACAAGUUGCGUACAGUUUUGUCUGAGGAUAUAGUGUUAAAAUUCCCAGACUUUUCCCGUCCAUUUGUAUUAGUUACAGAUGCAAGUAAAACAGCCAUUGGGGGAGCUCUCCAACAGGAGGAUAAUAAUGGAACCCUUAGACCACUGUCUUACUUCAGUCGACAGUUAAAGGGUGCCGAGUUAAAUUAUUCUACUGUAGAACGAGAGGCAUUGGCGAUAGUAUAUGGACUAAAGAUAAACAGGACACUGAUUCAAGGUUUUCCAGUAAUUGUUCAUUCAGACCAUAGGCCUCUUCGUUAUCUUUUUUCUAGUAGAGAUGGAAAUGAAAGACUAGCCAGGUGGCGUAUGUCGGUAGCAGAGUUUGAUAUUUGUGUAGAAUACUUGCCGGGCAAAGACAAUUAUUUAGCAGAUGCGCUGUCGCGAAUCAGAGCAGCUGAUCAGCCGAUAGAUGAUUUAGUUGUAGGUGUUGUUACUCGCCGAGCUGCUACAUCAUAUAAAAGGAUAAAUCGGUUUGAUGGUCAGAAGUCAAAUAUGGUAGAUAGCAGUGACAAUAGUUCACCGGAGACCAUUGACUUAUGGGGACUAGAUAGUUUACGAAAUGCACAAGAUGAAGACCCACUAUGGGGUCGUGUUAAAGAAUAUUUACGAGGUGAAUGUGACCUCACUAAAGAUGAGUUUAAAGGAAUUUCUGGGAAGAUCGAGAAUUAUCAGGUACGACCAGAUGGGAUCUUGUAUAAUGUUCUAGAUAAGCCUUUUAGGAAGGUCUCUCGAGUGGUCGUACCAAGAUUGUAUCAGAGUACAGCUUUAAGGUACCCUGAAGUUUCAAGGCCUUUUGAGCGUGUCCAUAUGGAUAUAGUGGGUCCGUAUCCGGAAUCUGAAGGGUUUCGUUAUAUUCUUACAGUAGUAGAUGCUUUAACAAAAUACCUUGUUGCAGUUCCGAUAAGGGAUAUCCAACUGAAGAAAAAAUUGAAGAAGAAUUUGAGGAUGACAGUAGUUUGGGAACUUUGGAAGAUCCAGAGAAAAAUGUGGAUUUGA